CGCUGAGUCUAUCAAACAAAUAAUCGCAAACAAACGCAUUUGGAAACUCAGAAAUUUGACUGCUUUCAGCUGCAGACUCGGUCUGCCAGUGCAUGCAAUGGAAAUCGGAUCACAGGUCAUUCUGCCGAGAGAACUUGAUGAUCUCUCGUCUUUCAUUCAAGAAAAGCCCGAAUCAUUGGCAGCUGCCACUGCUGAGCUACAAGCCAUAGCUCUCCGCGCAACCAAAUUCAUAUUCGAUCUUGCUUUGCAGUCGGAACCUGCCUCUCUGCCUCAUAUUGAGAACCUUUUGUCUUCACUCAGACAGUCUCAAGCACCACAGACGAGAUCACAGACUCGCGCUAAUGCCAAACGGAAGAGGAGUCCAAGUCCUGUCCUGGAAUCCCCAAAGAAGGUCACCAUAAAAAAUACACCACUGCCAUCACUUUUCAUCGAGGAAAUGAAUGAAGAUCAAAUUUGGCAGCAGUUGGACCUUAGGGCUGCACCUCUUUGCAAUAAUCUUCUGAUGUUAGAGGGCGAGACUGAAGACGUCAUGGAAUUGUCAGACAGGAUGUACGAUGAUCCGGAAGAUGAAGGAGGUGACGAGGUAUCAGAAGAAAGCGAAGAUUCUGAAGAAAUAGAGCACAUGGAGGAUUCUGAAGAGGACACUGGUGGAUCGGAAGAAAUGACUGACCUUCGCGAGGAGUUGUCGGAGGACGAGGAGGACGAUUCAGAUCAUCAUCCAUCUCUUCUUGACGUCGUCAAAGCAAAACCCUCUUUAAAACGUGCAGCCGCAAAGAAACCAAAUUCAGACGUUGACGACGAUUUCUUCAGUCUUGACGCAUUCAAUCGUGAAACGGAAGAGGCCGAAGCGACUGCUGUUUCCCGUGGCCGACUAGGACGAGAAUCGGAUGAGGAUGAGUUUGACGACGAAGGUGACAGUAUUGAUCUCUUCAGGCCAAUAGAUGAUGUCCAUGACCCUAAUGACGAUGCUUCGGAAGACGGCGCAGAACCGCUCUACAAAGAUUUCUUCGAUGCUCCCAGAGGCUCCGGUUCGAAAGCUACUAUGAAUAUUUCUUUCUCAAAGUCGAAAGUACGAUUCAGUGAGCAGGUCAGAGUGAAAAGUAUCAAGGCAAAGGGCAAGGGCCUACCGGUGUCUAGCUUAAUGGAGGAAGACGAUUCCGACGACGAGAGCGGACUGCACAUGUACUUAGAAGAUCCGGAUGAGGUCAUGAUGGACGCCGAGGUUGAAGAGUCAUUUGUAGACGAGUAUGAAGAUGAAGACGACGACGGAGACGACGAAGGUCGCGCUAUCAUUGAAAGACUGAAGGAUGACUUAUUUGCGGAGGAAGAUGCACCAGAUUCCAAUAUGACCACUUAUGAAAAACGUAUGGCAGCACUGCAAGCACAGAUCGAGGAGCUCGAGGCGGAGAAUGUCGCUAAGAAAGACUGGGUGUUGAUGGGGGAAGCCACCUCGAGAUCCCGUCCUCAAGAUUCUUUACUACAAGAAGAUCUAGAGUUUGAACGAACGAUGAAAGCGGUGCCUGUCAUCACUGAAGCUGUGGUUCAAGGUCUCGAAGAGCGAAUAAAAGCUCGUAUAAAGGAUGGCCGAUUCGACGACGUUGUGCGAAUUCGCGCUGUCGACGAUAAGCCUUUCCUUCCGUCGCGAUUCUUUGAGCUCCAGGAUACCAAGUCCUCCCAGUCACUUGCUCAAAUCUACGAGGAUGAGUACGUCGUUGCACAAAACGGUGGUACAGGAGGUGACGACAGAGAUGGUCGGCUCAAGAAGGAGCAUGACGAAAUUACAAAACUUUGGGAUAGCAUAUGCAGCAAGCUAGAUGCACUUUGCAACGCGCAUUACACUCCAAAAGCGCCGAAAGCUAGUAUAUCGACAAUCUCCAAUGUUUCCGCAGCUACUUUGGAAUCAGCACUUCCUACCAGCAAAACCGUGUCUUCUAUGCUUGCUCCAGAAGAGGUUUUCAAAACAGCAUCUUCUGAUCCACGCGCUCGUAGCGAGCUUACACCCGCGGAAAAGCGAACACUACGUGCAAAGGAAAGAAAGGCAAGGAAGAAGACGCGGGAUACCCUCGACAGGAGCGUUGAUAAAUAUGCCAAAAUGAAAGGCAUAAAAAAACAAAAGGACGCAGCUCUAAAGAACGUGGUCAAGUCAGGUAAAGGUGUCACGGUGGUUGGCAAGAAAACCAGGGACGUUUUGAAGAGCAAAAGCGUCAAGGGGAAGAGUUACUAGUAGUAGCAUAUGAGUAAGGUCACGUGGCCGUGCCGCAGUUCCGUUAGUGUACGAUUUGGUUACGGUAGUCAUUUGGCCACCUCUACCCAACCUCUGAUUCCCUUCAUCCCAUCGAGUCCAUCGUCCUCACAUUUCAGGAAAUGUCGUUCUUCAAGCGCAAGGAGAAAAACU